AUGGCUGAACCACAUGGUGAAGCCCCACCACCUCCUGCAGAGAGACUUUUGGGUGACUAUGGGGGUGCAAAUGCUCCUACUGGAAGGUUAACAAUUGUGAACCAACCGAAAGAAGGAGAGUCACUCGGAGACGCUUACAAGCGGUUCAAGCGGCUGUUGGUUGCAUGUCCUACACAUAACAUGGAUGCAACUGAACAUAUGCAAAACUUUGUGAAUGGACUUAGAAUGAAGACUAAGCAACUCAUAGACACAGUUGCCGGUGGUUCAACAAACUUUACAACAGCCACUAGAAUAAAGAAACUCAUUGAAGCCAUUGCAGCAAAUGAACAUCUGGAACUCUAUGACCGCAGUGUAAGUCAACCCAAAGGUAUCAUUGAUCUUAAAUUGGCAAAUCAAGUUGUGAAGAUGGAAGACCAAAUAACAGCUGAAGUAGAGAGAAGGCUCAAGAAAAUGACUCUUGACACGCAAACUGUGGCACAAGUGCAACCGGUCCAACCUAUUCAAGCUGUUAGUUGUGAAAUUUGUGGAGGUCCGCACUUCGCCAUGCAUUGUGUGGCAACUGCUCAACAGGUUGAAGAGAUUAAUUUUCUGAAGCAAAAUAAUCCGUACUCCAAUACAUACAAUCCUGGAUGGAAAAAUCAUCCAAAUUUUUCCUGGAAGGACCAGCAAGGAAAUGCUCAGAAGCAAAUGCCCACCCAGUAUCAAAGUCAACCACAACAGCAAUACCGUCCACAACAACAACAACCUUACCAGCAGCAGCAGUUUCAUCCAUCUCAACAACAAUUCCAACAACAGGUUCCCAGAAAAGCAGAUUGGGAAAUUGCCAUUGAAAAAAUGGCAACUCAAAGUUCUCAAUUUCAAGUGGAGACUAAAAGUGCGUUACCGAGUGCUACAGUUACGAAUCCAAGAGAGCAUAAUAAUGUGAGUGAUGUUACAACAAGGAGCGGUAAGGCAAAAGAAGUCCCCGAAAAAGAUGAUGAACAAGAGGACCAAUUGCUUGAAGUUGAUUUGGAGAUAAAAGAGAAUGAAGUUGUUAGUGAGAAGGUGACAGUAUUUGAACCGGUAGCUAAAGAAAAAGUUAGUGAAUCUAAGUCGGUUGUCAAACUCCCGUUUCCAACAAGAAAUAAGAAGAAGGAGAAACAUGAGAAGAACUUUGAAAAGUUCUUGGAGAUGUUCAAAAAGAUUGAAAUCAACAUUCCGUUCUUGAAGGCACUUGAGAAAAUGCCCUCUUAUGCUAAAUUUAUGAAAGACAUUCUUUCAAAAAAGAGGAGCACUGACACUGACUCUAUUGUACUAACCGAAACUUGCAGUGCUAUUUUGCAGGAAAUGCCGGAAGAUGAAGAGAUACCACUCAUUCUUGGUAGACCAUUUUUGGAAACCGGGAGGUGUUUGAUAGAUAUAGAAGAAGGGACCAUGACUCUAAAGGUUUAUGAUGAAGAGUUAAAAAUUGAUGUGCAUAAUACCAUAAAAUACAAAGAUGAUGUGGCCACCAGCCAACACAUAGAGGUUAUUGAUCAAAUGGUUUUGCAAGAAAAUCACCUAGGGGAACAAAAAUCACCCUUGGAUCCUAAGUCUCUCAAUGUUUGA